AAAUACGACUUUAAUGUUUGGUUCCUUCAGCCACAGUCUUUAUAUAACCAGUUUCUACUGUACAGUUUUUCUCAUUUUUCUGAAAGAGUCAGAUUUAUUACAAUAUUGUAUGAAUUUAAGCAGCGUUACAAUAAAUCCCCGCAAAAUGCGGUAUACAACGUUAAUUUUAGCUGGAAUUUAGGAUUAAGAUUUUCUGUUGACCUUUCCGAUGAAUUAGAUUUUCGAUUUUUGGUUGAUCCGAGGUAGAAAAAAAAAAUUAAGUAAAAAUGGGGCAUUGUUGUAGCAAAGGCGUUACAGUGGACAACCACGACGGUGUUUUCCCCGCUGAUCACCAACAACGGACGCCAUCAUCGGCGGUGGAGACACGGCCCACUGCAGGUAAUGGCGCAGCUCGAACUCCAGCUCACUCCUUCACGGCAAGUCCUUGGCAGAGUCCGUAUCCGGCUGGUGUGGAACCAUCGCCGGCGAGGACGCCAGGGAAGAAAUCCAAGUGGCCGUUCCCUCCGCCUUCGCCGGCGAAGCCGAUUAUGUCGUCAUUCAUGAAACGUCAAGCUGGGACGCCGCCGGCGAAUCCGAUACCGGAGGAAGGCGGAGAAAGCGGAGAGAGCCAGCUGGAUAAAAGUUUUGGGUAUCCGAAAAAUUUUACUGCGAAGUAUGAACUGGGGAAAGAGGUGGGGCGAGGGCAUUUUGGUCAUACGUGCUGGGCUAAGGGUAAAAAGGGAGAACUCAAAAAUCAACAGGUGGCUGUUAAGAUCAUUUCCAAAGCUAAGAUGACUACUGCAAUAUCGAUUGAAGAUGUUCGGAGGGAAGUGAAAAUAUUGAAAGCUUUAUCUGGACAUACAAAUCUGAUCAAAUUUUACGAUGCAUUUGAAGAUGCACAUAAUGUUUACAUAGUCAUGGAAUUGUGCGAAGGUGGGGAGCUAUUGGAAAGGAUUUUAUCGAGAGGUGGUAGGUAUACAGAAGAUGAUGCUAAGAAAAUUGUUGUGCAGAUGUUAAGCAUUGCUGGCUUUUGUCAUCUCCAAGGUGUCGUGCACCGAGAUAUGAAGCCAGAGAAUUUUCUUUUCACCAAAAGAGACGAGAAUGCGCCGUUGAAGGUUAUAGAUUUUGGUCUAUCUGAUUUUAUUAGACCAGAUCAGCGUCUCAAUGAUAUUGUUGGGAGUGCAUACUACGUUGCACCUGAAGUACUUCAUAGAUCAUAUAGCAUUGAGGCAGAUAUAUGGAGUAUUGGCAUUAUAACAUAUAUUUUACUAUGUGGAAGCCGACCUUUUUGGGCACGCACCGAAUCGGGAAUUUUUCGAUCUGUGCUAAGAGCUGAUCCCAACUUUGAUGACUUACCAUGGCCAGUAAUAUCUGUUGAAGCCAAAGAUUUUGUGAAAAGGCUUCUGAACAAAGACCAUAGAAAAAGAAUGACUGCUGCACAAGCACUGACUCACCCAUGGUUGAGGGACCUAAACAGUGUCGUACCAUUAGAUACUAUGAUUUACAAAUUAGUUAAAUCAUAUAUUCGAGCCACUCCAUUAAAGCGUGCAGCACUGAAGGCUCUUUCAAAAGCUUUGACAGAGGAUGAGCUCAUUUACCUUAGGGCUCAGUUUAAGCUGUUGCAGCCAAAAGAUGGCUGUGUCUCCCUCGAUAACUUCAAAAUGGCUCUCAUGGAAAAUGCGACUGAUGCCAUGAGGGAAUCAAGAGUUGCUGACAUUUUGAUUUUGGUGAGAUCUUUUUUCCUUUUUCUGUUCUCACUUCUCAUCGCUAUAUUCAGUUCAGAAUUAGCACAUGAAUUUAAUUUGGGUGCGACUUCAAACUCUUUAUUCAAGGAUUGGAUUAGAUUAUCAGAUGGAAAAUUGAGUUUUCUUGGAUAUACCAAGUUCUUGCAUGGAGUAACGAUUCGGUCUUCAAGUACACGGAACCGUCAAUAGCACGGUUCGACUGAGUAUACUACAAGUUGUCCCGGAGGGAAAAAUCAUAACGGGUUUUUGCUUUUCGAAUUUUCUGCUUGAAAAUGUUACAAAAUGAUUUUGGUGUUGGAAUUGUGCACGUCAGUGAUUUUCUUGCAACUUUACUAGCUGUAUAGGGAAGCAUAAACUAAAGUUUGUGAGAUUUUUCUUAAUUAAUUUAUAAAUGAUCAAAUUUCAUGCUUUGUAAAAGUUGCAAACGGAUUCUUUUUACCUUUUA